CAGGAGAUGACCAGAGACUGCGGACACAGUACAGGAGAUGACCAGAGACUGCGGACACAUAGUACAGGAGAUGACCAGAGACUGCGGACAGACAGCACAGGGAUGACCAGAGACUGCAGACAGUACAGGAGAUGACUGCUGACCUUUGGGGAGGGGGGGGAGCGGGUACCUGUAUUUGACAGGUAACCGCUCUUACUUCCGCGGAGUUGUUCUUUAAUCUUACCUGUUCCUCUAUCCAGCGGCGCGCUGUCUUCCCGGCUUCUGUAGUGUGGGCGCUCGGCAUGACAGCCGGGUGCCCAGUGUGCAUGAGCGAGAAGCACUUGCGCUUUGUGAUUGGUCCGGCGGCUUCUGGGAUCUGUCAUGUGUCCCAGGUACCGCCUUACCAUUCACAAAAAGCACCGCUUCUUGCGCAUGCGCACUUGGCACCCGGCUGUCAAGCCCAGUGCCCACACUACAGAAGCCGGGAAGACAGCGCGCCGCUGGAUAGAGGAACAGGUAAGGUCCCGCUGCAGAGCUGAGCGGCGGGCCCGGUAUUCUGACACGGCGGCAGUGGAAAUACCGGACCGGCCGCUCCAUAUUCGCUCCAUAAGACGCACUGAC